AUGGGUGUGGAGGUGUUAGCUGCGAGGCAGAGGGAGGUGCUUGACUUGGCAAAAUCAGCACUUUUUAUUUUGGGGUGGUAAAUGGGUUACCUGCCUGGGUUGCUGGGUGAGGCUGAGUAAUGCCUUGUCUUGCCAACAGGCCCCCGAGCUGCAAUUAGAAGAACUCUUCCUCUCUCUCUGUCUGUUUUUUGUUUCUCUCAGUCUCCUUUUUUGUCACUGUCUACCCCACACUCCAGACAGUUACUCCAAAGGGACUUGCAAGACAGCAUGAGUCUCUCUCUCACACACACACACACACACACACACACACACACACACACACACCGCCUCAGUUAAUGAUUUUUAAAUUCCUGCGUAUUUAUUAUGUCAUCUAGCAUAACAUGGUUCAUGGGGAUUCUGACCUUGUGAAAUGUUAUGACGAGUGGGUAGAAGGGUGUGUUAGUGUUUGUGUGUGUGUAGAGAAAGACAGAGAUUCCUGAAUGUUGUCUUUAUGAUAAGAUUGUGUGGGGAGGAUGGUCAUUGAGCCCCUGGUAAAUCUAGGUCACCCAUAGUGCAACAAAGUGUUCCUACCAUAACCAUCCAGUACAGUAUCCAGUACAAGUGUGAUGGUAGUGAAUCGGUAGCACCACCACCUGCAUUCUACUGUACAUUCAGCCACUAUGGAUCAUUUGGACAAAGGCCGACUCCAAGCCCCUGAAUCGACUGAUGAAAUAAGUUGUGCACUAAGCAGCUUGAGAAAAAUAGCCCCCUCUUUUGAAAUGAUGAGGAACACCAAUGAUGUAUAUAAACCCUGGAUUUCUGAUGCUAUGUAUUGGACAGUGAGAGGCUUUGAAGCCACCGGUCGGCCAUAUUGGCACUCCUCAGAAGAAGCAGUCCUCCAUAGGAAUGAAUGGAAUUCUACAGUAUUUCAAUGAAAUGUUUCAAUUACAAAAUUACAUGUAUUUAAGUUUUUUUGUUAUAGUGGGGACAGUAAUAUUAGAACUUUAAAAAAUAUAUAUUUUAAGGAAUUUUCUUUAUAUUUUUCAUUUCUUAUUUUUAUGUUUAGCUCACAUAAUAUAAUUUAAAAGUAUGCAUUAAGGUGUCUGUAAUAUAAUAAACGUGGCAAAAAUAAAUAUAUACAUAAAUACAUGCAUUUCUAUAGCUUCCCAAAAAAAUCUACAAUGGUGAGGUAGUGCCAAGAUGGAGGCGCACUGCCUUCAAAACAGGGCCCCCUGUCAGUCAUUUACAUUUUAUUCAUUUAGUAGACGCUCUUAUCCAGAGAGAUUUACAGGAGCAAUUAUGGUUAAGGUGCCUUGCUCAAGGGCACCGACAGAUUUUUCACCUAGUAGGCUCAGGGAUUCGAACCAGCGACCUUUCGGUUACUGGCCCAACGCUCUUAACCCCUAUCUAGUGUAUAUAUAAAUCCUACGUGCGCACACUUUUGUAUGCUCUCAUGUGAGCAUACACGUAUGCAUACACAUACAUAAUAUAUGCCCACACAUCUCACAUAUAUACUGUACGCAGACAAACACACAUUGCCAAUACCAUUGACCAAUGCACAAGUGUACAUGCACCCAAAUCCAACCUCAGACAUCCUGUCUUCUCUCCCUUUCUUCGUAUGCAGUGUGAUGACAAGCCAGUGGCACGGAUCAGAGACACCAAGGACUUUGUAUCAGAGUAGUAGCUCAUCUGAAGAGAGAAUUAGAGAGAGGAGACCUAGCCUUAUUUACUGCCGUUAGUUGACUAAUGACGCCUUUAAUUAGUAGUGACAUGCGCCGUUAAUUUAAUCAAACUGUUUACAACUGGGCCUGUCAACAAGAUUCCUCCAGACCCAGAUUGAUGUUACCAUGGUAGUGCACUUUGUUUAAUUAUUGGACUACUUAAAUAGCGGUGUGGGAGGGUGGAUUGUUGAGCGAGAUAAUGUGUGUAUGUUUCAUGUGUGUGCAUGCAUGCGAGUACAUGUGCAUGCUAGUAUCUAUGAUAUUAUUAUGAUAAUAUUAUUUUCAUCUCUUUUGGUGUUUGCUCUUGUAAUGAAAGCAUAUGAAAUGUUUAGUUCCAACCUACCCAUAAUGCAUUUUCAUACCUCCCCCUCGUUUCCAAUCUCGUUAAAGCAUUACAGGUUGUUGUGUGCCAGGCUGGCAGCGACAGUCAAACCCUUCAACUGUCUGUCGUUGUUUGCCUCCUUAAAUUAAAUUAAUCAGUUGCCCCCUAAACUGUUCUUAGCGUAUUGGCACGAUAUGGAGAAAGCUACUAGCUACACACCUCCAAUUAGCAUUAGCAGAACAACAGCGGUGUCCUAACCUGGUCUUCUUUGAGAAACACUUUACUUAAAGCCUGCAGGUAUCAUACAAUACUUUGGGACUUGAAAUAUACUUUAGUCUUAUGAAAUCCAGCCCUGCUGUGACUGGGUCUCCGAGAUGGGUCUGAAAUAAAAAAAAAUUCCCACUGGAAGAAGGAGUUAUUGAAUUCAUGUACUCAGCUAAACAGUGAGAAACAAAAGGAAACUCAAGGGUAUAUUAAUAUAAAAUUGCUCUUUAAUCAGAUCAUUUGGGAAAAUUUGACCUCAUCCUUGAAAUGCUGGUGACCGGCUUUGAUUGAAAAGGGCCCCCGAUUCCCCACCUAACAAAGAGCUAAAGAGGGAGGGAGAGAGAGAGAGAGAUCAAGCCCAAAUAAAUAAGCCUUCUGUUGGAGAGGGAGAACGAGGGAACAGGCGCAGUCAGCAGUGCGUCCCUCCACUUCACUUUAACUCCAUUACACACAAUUGAGUGUCAUUUACUUCAGUGCGUUUUGUUGCAGGGUGGCAUUUAUUGAGAUGACUCGUACCGGAGGCAGCUCUGCAGAGUGGUCACUAGCUGGCACAGCCACAAAGUCAUGAAAUCUGAUGUUAAACCUAACAUACUGCUAACCCUAAUGCCUAACCCUAACCUUAAAUUAAGACCAAAAAGCCACACCCAAAAAAACAAAACAUGAAUUUGUACGAUAUUGACUUUGCAGCUGGCACAUCUAGUGGAAACCGCUCAGUUCUGCCUCCGGUGCAUUGACUCAUGACAAUGAACGUCAACCUGCACGUUUGUUUUGACUCGCACGCCUCUCAAACCUGCAAAGGCUGGCAUGCCUGGCAGUCCCGCUUCUGUGGGACACAAGUGAGCUACAGAGGGCGAAUGAGAACUACAGUGUAUUUUCUCGUUCUUUCUCGCGCGCACUGUCACACGCACUUGUAUAAACACAGACACACACACACACACACACACACACACACACACACAGCAGUCAGAGCCGUCAGGGUGCCGGGGCCUGUUUUAUCUGCAGCUCACAGUGGGUAGUGUGAAAAUGCCAGGCCGCCAGUCAUCCUAGAGGAAGUGCUGCGCUGCAGAUUAGAAGCCCAAGCAGCAGCAGCUGAGUGGAAUGGGACACCACUGGGCGACGCUCAUACAGCAAACGUUCUGAAAACCAGAAAAUAUCAUUAUCUCUCUCUUUCUCCUCCUUGGCCCGCUCGCUCUCUCUCGCUCGCUCCGUUGUUUCUCUGAGGAUGUUUUCCUUGUGCAUACUGUAGAUAUUUGAAUAACAGAAGUGGUAUGGUUUAUUGAUAAAUUGUGAAAAAUAGUCAAAGUUCCUCUUGACUAUGAUUCCGGUUGUCUGUAUUGAAUGACUGGAAUAGCUCUUUAGAGUCUGUUGGAAAUGAAAAUGAUCUGCUUUGACACCAAUGGGAGUCAUGCCUUUCUUCGUACAUGCGAAUGUGUGUACAUGUGCAUCUGUAAAGUGGUUUGUGCGGGCACACAGAAUUCUAUUUCUUAUUUGUAGUUCAAUGUAGCCUAAAGCGGUCAUAUAAAGGUCUAAUACAGUCCUUGUGUUGUGUGUUGCAGGACUCUGCCCAGGACGGAGUGAUCACCAGAGACAUCCACCGGACGUUCCCCGCUCACGACUACUUCAAAGACACUGACGGAGACGGGCAGGACUCCCUUUACAAGAUCUGUAAGGUAAGGAUGGAUGGCACUCUUUUUUUCUUAUUUGUUUGUGGCUCUUUUUUGUAUUUUUGUGUGGUUUUCUUGGGGUAUGGUAGUGAAGAGGAGACAGGAAAGGUAGAAGACGAGUUAGGCCAGUGGGUGGGAUACAUGAUUUGAUGUUUCUGUGUCUUUAAAACUAUCCAGGAUCGCUUCCAGGAGCAGUUAACAGCUUACCUUGUAUGUAAAACUUGGAUAUAAAUAAAUAAGUACAAAGAACCAGAUCUGGGUUCUAAUACUAUUGAAAAUCAUUGCAAAAACCUUGUCUGUGCUUGAUUGAGCUUGACUUGCUUAAUGGACCAAUAGAAUAGUCCCAAAACUACAAACCCCAUUCAUUCAGCACUCCAAGCAGGCUAGAUCUUACUCUCAAUGUAUUUGAAAAAUUUUAAAUAGUAUUUGAACCCAGGUCUGCGCAGGACUAUAAAUUAUAAACAGAAACAUACAAGCAAACACAAACCACACAAUACUGUGCACACCAAGUUGCCAUAGUAACAUAUUGGGAUGCACAGAUACAGUAGCUGACUUUGACUUGCUUUUAGAGUUUGGAAACAAGCUACACAAAUAAAAUGUAUAUUUUUAUGAGUCCAGAAUGAUGCUACAUGUUCUUACAUGUCGUUUUUCAGACAACACAGAAGCAUGCUGUGGUGAGGCAAUAGAGUGAAAUGAAUGUUGAGUGUCAGAAAACCUUAACAUCCUCUGUUACCAUCUAGGUCAGUUGAGUGCCAGGCUCUCAUUUGUAUGCAAAUACAUGUAGAUUGCCUCUUGAUAAGGUUGGCUACUUCCUGAAGAGCCACACUUUUGUCUCGCAUUUUCUUCCUACAGUGUUUUAUUUUAGGUAAGUUCAAUGUAUCUGUGAUGUCCUUGUGAAGGAAUUGGGUCAGGUCCAGUAUAAAAAAAAUAAAAAACACUGCUGGCUGUUGUAGGAUCAGGUCCCGAAAAAUGUCAUUCAAUACGAUCUAAAAGGCAAAAACUGAUCCAAGAUAAGCACUCCAACUCUUAGACGUUUCGUGAAUACAGGCCCAGAAGUAGAGGAAAACAAUAGGGCGACAAUGUGAACAUUAGGUCAAAUUCUCCAGUAUUCUCCCCGGCAAGUGAUUGGUUGUACUCCAAACGGUCAUCAUCACACACAACAGCCAGUCACAGUUCAUCUGUACCUAAGCAAAUUAAAUGGGUCCGACUGACAAAUAGGGAUGUGGUCUCACGGACCCCCAUCCAUCUAGCACUGUACAUCCUUCAAGCCACGGCAAAGCGGGCUGAAUGGCAACACUCCAUCAAACAUUUGUCAGUCUCAAGACAGCUCCGGGGGAGGCAGGUAGCCUAGCGGUUAAGAGCGUUGGGCCAGUAACCGAAAGGUUGCUGGUUCAAAUCCCCGAGCUGACAAGGUGAAAAAUCUGUCCAUAUGCCCUUGAGCAAGGCACUUAGCCCUAAUUGAUCCUCUAACUCGCUCUGGAUAAGAGCAUCUGCUAAAUGACUAAAAUGUAAAUGUAAUUACUCUUCCAUGUGAAUUCCUUGCCAAGUAGGAAACCAAUUGCAUAGGUGAAAUGCCCAUAUUUCAUUUUCAUAUUAAAAGCAAUGCAAGGGGAUUCAAGAUACACCUGUAAAGCUUGUUACAGCAAUCAAGAUGCAUGGAAAUGUGGAUUUCAAUCCAUUUUGUUAAGGUUAGCCGUUAACACCAAUAAUUAUGCCACUAGAUGGCAUAAACAUUCAUGAUGACAACUGACGGGAACCCUUUAUACACUACGAGCGGUAUUCUGACUUGAAAAAUAAAUGCACUGUUGGUUAAGGGCUGUAAGUAAGCAUUUCACUGUAAUGUCUGCACCUGUUGUAUUCGGCGCAUGUGGCCAAUAAAAUUUUAUUUUAUUUGAGAUAGGUAUGCAAAGCUCCAAUUGACAUCAAUGAAUGCUUAUCUCAACGCUUGCAUAUCUCAAUUCUGAAUCGGCCCUAUGAAGGUAUGAAUCACAAGCCAGGUAGUUACAUAGCAGCUUAUGUAUUCCAUUAUGUCACGCUUAGGAUAUGGUUAUGUAGACCCCUAGGACAAAGGGUUUGAGUGAAGUCAAAUGUAUGCACUAGUAGUGCAGAAGGGUUCUGGUCAAAUGUCAUAUGAGAUGUAACCUAAAUUCAUAUUAUUGUCGUCUUUCCCUACAGUAGAGUGAUUCCCCAAACUGUAGAUUUUGAGGAAGGUGUUACGCCAACUGCUUACCGACUGCUGUUCUUUUAAGAGGACUUGUGCAGGGAGCCAUCUCUCUCUCUCUCUGCCUCCCUCGCUCUCCCUCUGUUGUUAAAUCUGCUCUUUGAAAACAGGGCUUUGCGAAGCUUUCCAUCUCUUGAUUGGCACAUACAGAUUAAAGUCGCUCAGACAAAGACAGUCCCGAAAGGGCUUUCAGCAAGAAACGAAGGGCCGAGUCAGUCUCCUCAGGAAAUAUGCUUUCGAUGCUGUUUGAGGCGUGCAAAUGUUCAUCUCCCAACUCAACAUGUACUAUCAGUGUGACAGCUGGUUAUACUUUAUAGUCUAGGCCAGAGGUUUUCAAACUGGGUACUUCAUGGGGGCUGAUUUUAUAUCAAAAAAAUAAUUAUUUUAUAUUAUUAAUAUCGCUAGCUGCAACAUAAUACCAUCUUGGAUAACAUUUUUAUGUAUCUUUCUCUGCGUCCAGUAAGUAAAAGGUAGUUUCACGAACCAAUGCUAACUAGUGUUAGCGCAAUUACUGGAAGUCUAAAGGAACAGUUGGCAUGCUAGCGGCUCGUGUUCAUCUGACUCUGGGGGAAAAAGAUAAGACUUCAUUGCCAAAAUCUAACUAUUAGGUUAAUAUGGAGGAAAUUACGGUCAAUGGAGCUAAUUACAGUUUUUUUCUGUAUAUAAAAUUCUUAGGCGGGCCGUCUAAGUGGUAAAUUUCGAGAUGGAAAAACAGUUUCACUCAACUUAAAUGACCAAAACCAGAUAGAAAGCAUGCAGAAAAUAUACACUACCAGUUAAAAGUUUGGACACACCUACUCAUUGAAAGGUUUUUAUUUAUUUUUACUAUUUUUUACAUUGUAGAAUAAUAGUGAAGACAUCAAAACUAUGAAAUAGCACAUAUGGAAUCAUAUAGUAACCAAAAAUGUGUUAAACAAAUCAAAAUAUAUUUUGUAUUUGAGAUUCUUCAAAUAGCCACCCUUUGCUUUAAUGACAGCUUUGCACACUCUUGGCAUUCUCUCAACCAGCUUCAUGAGGUAGUCACCUGGAAUGCAUUUCAAUUAACAUGUGUGCCUUCUUAAAAGUUAAUUUGUGGAAUUUCAUUCCUUCUUAAUGCGUUUGAGCCAAUUAGUUGUGUUGUGACAAGGUAGGGGUGGUAUACAGAAGAUAGCCCCGUUUGGUAAAAGAGCAAGUCCAUAUUAUGGCAAGAACAGCUCAAAUAAGAAAGAGAAACGACAGUCCAUCAUUACUUUAAGACAUGAAGGUCAGUCAAUAUGAAAAAUGUCAAGAACUUUGAAAGUGCAGUCGCAAAAACCAUCAAGCGCUAUGAUGAAACUGGCUCUCAUGAGGACCGCCACAGGAAUGGAAGACCCAGAGUUCCCUCUGCUGCAGAGGAUAAGUUCAUUAGAAUUACCAGCCUCAGAAAUUGCAGCCCAAAUAAAUUCUUCACAGAGUUCAAGUCACAGACACAUCUCAACAUCAAUUGUUCGGAGGGGACUGUGUGAAUCAGGCCUUCAUGGUCGAAUUGCUGCAAAGAAACCACGACUAAAUGACACCUAUUUGAAGAAGAGACCUGCUUGGGCCAAGAAACACGAGCAAUGGACAUUAGACUGGUGGAAAUGUGUCCUUUGGUCUAAAUUGGAGAUUUUUGGUUCCAACCGCCGUGUCUUUGUGAGAUGCGGUGUGGGUGAACGGAUGAUCUCUGCAUGUGUAGUUCCCACCAUAAAGUGUGGAGGAGGAGGUGUUAUGGUGUGGGGGUGCUUUGCUGGUGACACUGUCUGUGAUUUAUUUAGAAUUCAAGGCACACUUAACCAGCAUGGCUACCACAGCAUUCUGCAGCGAUACACCAGCCCAUCUGGUUUGGGCUUAGUGGGACUAUCAUUUGUUUUUCAACAGGACAAUGACCCAACACACCUCCAGGCUGUGUAAGGGCUAUUUUACCAAGAAGGAGAGUGAUGGAGUGCUGCAUCAGAUGACCUGGCCUCCACAAUCCCAAUUGAGAUGGUUUGGGAUGAGUCGGACCGCAGAGUGAAGGAAAAGCAGCCAAGUGCUCAGCAUAUGUGGGAACUCCUUCAAGACUGUUGGAAAAGCAUUCCAGGUGAAGCUGGUUGAGAGAAUGCCAAGACACUGCAAAGCUGUCAUCAAUGCAAAGGGUGGCUAUUUGAAGAAUCUCAAAUAUAAAAUAUAUUUUUGAUUUGUUUAACACUUUUUUUUGGUUACUACAUGAUUCCAUAUGUGUUAUUUCAUAGUUUUGAUGUCUUCACUAUUAUUCUACAAUGUAGAAAAUUGUACAAAUAAAGAAAAACCCUUGAAUGACUAGGUGUUCUAAAACUUUUGACCGGUAGUGUAUAUUAGUGUUUUUAUUUUUGUUUUAGUUUUACAAAUGUUAGUAUUGUGUGUAGAUCAUUGAAAAAUAAAGACACAUACGUUUUAAUCCCACGUUGUAACACAAAAAAAAUGUGGAGAAAGUCAAGGGGUGUGAAUACUUUUUGAAGGCACUGUAUGUUACUUUACACUUCCUCUUCCAAUGAACUGUGGAGAGGUCAAAAUAAUGCCAAUCUCUACCAAAUCUAUUAAUUUUAUAAUGUUGAUUACUUCUAUCAGUGUAGAUGAAGGGGAGGAGGCAGGUUAAAAAUGAUUUUUAAGCCUUAAGACAAUUGAGACAUGGAUUGUGUAUGUGUGCCAUUCAGUGGUUGAGUAGGAAGACAAAAGAUUUAAGUGCCUUUGAACGGGGUAUGGUAGUAGGUGUCAAGAACUGCAAUGCUGCUGGGUUUUUCACGUUCAACAGUUUCCUGUGUGUAUCAAGAAUGGUCCACCACCCAAAGGACAUCCAGCCAACUUGACACAACAUGUUAAGCAAUGGAGUCAACAUGGGCCAGCAUCCCUCUGGAACGCUUUCGACAUCUUGUAGAGUCCGUGCCCCGGCAAAUUGAGGCUGUUCUGAAGGCAAAAGGAGGGGGGUGUGUUCCUAAUGUUUUGUAUACUCAGUUUUUGUCUAAAACUGUGAAACUGCAGAGGUUGAGCAAGUUGAAACCACAAAUAACAAACGGAACACCUUAACAUGUCAAAAGCACUUUCUCUCUGAAACACUUAGAGACCUGUUGAAUGUCAGAGAUUUGGGAAUUUACAGUGAAUAUUUAGUGUCACACUUUAACAAACAACUUGUUCAAUAUGUUACAUGCAUGCUACACAAACACACGCACGCACACACACACACACACACACACAGUUUCUUGUUCAUUGUUUGGUAUGAAGUACCUAUUGCCUAACGUUGUCCCCUCUCCGCUCUGUGUUCCAGGCCUAUUCAGUCUACGAUGAGGAGAUUGGCUACUGUCAGGGACAGUCCUUCCUGGCUGCUGUGCUACUACUGCAUGUACGUGGGGAUCAAACGUCAAUACAACGUCUAUGGAACCACAGAGAGGAGUUGAGACUAAAGUCUACCCAAACAAACCGAACAGUUCUACAAAAUACAAUUCUAACAAAAAUCUACACUGACAAUGAAAUAGAAAAAAUGUGUUGAAUUGGCUCUGGGAAAAUAUUGCACUUAUCCUGAGUGCACUUAUUAACAGCCUGUUGUAUUAGGACUGAGAGUGAGAACGAUGGAGAGGGAAUGAAGGAAAGUUAAGGUUGAGCAGAGGGAGGAGAGUGCAGCCAGAAUGGAGUGAAUAAGUGAACAGGCCAGUAAAUCUGACAGGAGGAUGACUGGGAACAAGAGAGAAUGAAGGAGAGACGACGUGAGAGAGGGAGGUGGGAAGGAGGGAUAGAAAGAGAUGGCGUGAGAAUUGUGGAGAGGGAACAGUGCAGAGAGGAUGAGUAAUAAAGAAUAAAUGGAGGGAGAGGAGAGGAGGAGAGAAAAGAGAGGGUGAGAGAAAGAGAGAUCCCCUUUGGAAGGCAGGGGAAGUGUCAGGAAUAUUAAUGGCUGCGUCUGUCUCAGCCCAGGACACACACACUGUCACCCUGAUUAAAUACCCUCUGCUCUGUGUGUGUGUGGGUGUAUCUCUCUCUUUCGCGCUCGCUCUCUCACACAUUAAAGAGGGGGGUGGACAUAAUCACACCCCGUGUAUUUCACACUGACACUCCCACCUUCUGGCUUUCUUUCAAACACACCAGAUUCUCACCUUGCUUCUCUUACUCACACACCUCAUCCUCCUUUCUCUUUUAGUCCCUCUCUCACCUUCCUCUUUUGCUCCAACUGUUUCCCAACUCUUCCCCAGUGGGACAAAGAAUGUUUGGAGGAAACGUCCCUCUCAAUCUACAGACAGACAACACUUUCAAGUGACAAUAAAUUCCACCAAGAAUUUAUCCUACUUAUGUUUGUGGCAGUGCAUUGUCUAUUGAGAAAAGCCUUAGAGAUUAAAUGUCGACAUUAUAUACUACUGGUCAAAAGUUUUAGAACACCUACUCAUUCAAGGGCUUUUCUUUAUUUUUACUAUUUUCUACAUUGUAGAAUAAUAGUGAAGACAUCAAAACUAUGAAAUAACACAUAUGGAAUCAUCUAGUAACCAAAAAAGUGUUAAACAAAUCAAAAUAUAUUUGAGAUUCUUCAAAUAGCCACCCGUUGCCUUGAUGACAGCUUUGCACACUCUUGCCAUUCUCUCAACCAGCUUCACCUGGAAUGCUUUUCCAACAGUCUUGAAGGAGUUCCCACAUAUGCUGAGCACUUGUUGGCUGCUUUUCCUUCACUCUGCGGUCCGACUCAUCCCAAACCAUCUCAAUUGGGUUGAGGUCGGGGGAUUGUGGAGGCCAGGUCAUCUGAUGCAGCACUCCAUCACUCUCCUUCUUGGUAACAUAGCCCUUACACAGCCUGGAGGUGUGUUGGGUCAUUGUCCUGUUGAAAAACAAAUGAUAGUCCCACUAACCAGAUGGGAUGGCGUAUCGCUGCAGAAUGGUGUGGUUGCCAUGCUGGUUAAGUGUGCCUUGAAUUCUAAAUAAAUCACAGACAGUGUCACCAGCAAAGCACCCCCACACCAUAACACCACCUCCUCCAUGCUUUACGGUGGGAAAUACACAUGCAGAGAUCAUCCGUUCACCCACACCGCAUCUCACAAAGACACGGCGGUUGGAACCUUAAUAGAUUAUUUAACUAGGCAAGUCAGUUAAGAAUACAUUCUUAUUUACAAUGACGGCCUACACCGGCCAAACCCGGACGACGCUGUGCGCCGCCCUAUGGGACUCCCAAUCACUGCCGGUUGUGAUACAGCCUGGAAUCGAACCAGGGGGUCUGUUGUGACGCCUCAAGCACUGAGAUGCAGUGCCUUAGACCGCUGGCCUCCCUUGAACUCUGUGAAGCAUUUAUUUGGGCUGCAAUUUCUGAGGUUGGUAACUCUGAUUAACUUAUCCUCUGCAGCAGAAGGAAUUCUGGGUCUUUCAUUCCUGUGGCGGUCCUCAUGAGAGCCAGUUUCAGCAACUGCACUUGAAGAAAAGUUCAAAGUUCUUGAAAUGUUCAGUAUUGACUGACCUUCAUAUCUUAAAUUAAUGAUGGACUGUCGUUUCUCUUUGCUUAUUUGAUCUGUUCUUGCCAUAAUAUGGACUUGGUAUUUUACCAAAUAGGGCUAUUACAUUUUACAUUUUAGUCAUUUAGCAGACACUCUUAUCCAGAGCGACUUACAGUAGUGAGUGCAUACAUUUUCAUACUAAUCCCCCGUGGGAAUCGAACCCAUAACCCUGGCGUUGCAACCGCCAUGCUCUACCAACUGAGCUACACGGGACUAUCUUCUGUAUACCCCCUCUACCUUGUCACAACACAACUGAUUGGCUCAAACGCAUUAAGAAGGUAAGAAAUUCCACAAAUUAACUUUUAAAAAGGCACACCUGUUAAUUGAAAUGCAUUCCUCAUGAAGCUGGUUGAGAGAAUGCCAAGAGUGUGCAAAGCUGUCAUCAAGGCAAAGGGUGGCUAUUUGAAGAAUAUAUAAAAUAUAGUUUGAUUUCUUGAACACUUUACUGCAUACUACAUGAUUCCAAAUGUGUUAUUUCAUAGUUUUGAUGUCUUCACUAUUAUUCUACAAUGUAGAAAAUAGUAAAAAUAAAGUAAAAAACCCUAGAAUGAGUAGGUGUUGUAAAACUUUUGACCGGUAGUGUAUAUAUCUUAACUAUAUCCUGUUUUAUGUUGACAUUUGUAAAAUCAAAUAAGUCAAGGAAUAGAAGGAAACAACUUGACUUCCUAUAAUUAAAUAAAUAAAUUGGUCAUUUAGCAGACGCUCUUAUCCAGAGCGACUUACAGGAGCAAUUAGGGUUAAGUGCCUUGCUCAAGGGCACAUCGACAGAUUUUUCACCUAGUCGGCUUGGGGAUUAGAACCAGCGACCUUUCGGUUACUGGUACAACGCUCUUAACCACUAAGCUACCUGCCGCCCCUACCUUCCUGUUUCCCACACAUCUUCUGUCAUCCCUCCGUUCGUAUUCUAUCUAACCCUCUUCUGGUUCUGUUCCGUCCUGUGGAUGUAGAUGCCUGAGGAGCAGGCAUUCUGUGUGCUGGUGAAGAUCAUGUAUGAGUACGGCCUGAGGGAGCUCUACAAGAAGAACUUUGAGGACCUGCACUGCAAGUUCUACCAGCUAGAACGACUGCUUCAGGUUAGCUUUCUUAUCUUAGUGUGUGUGUACAUACGCACAUCAUCAGCGCAGUGGUGUAAAGUACUUAAGUAAAAAUACUUUCAAGUACAACUUAAGUAGUUUUUGGCGGUAUCUGUACUUUACUAUUUUUUUGGGACUACUUUUGCUUUUACUUCCCUACAUUCCAAAAUAAAAUAAUGUACUUUUUACUCCAUACAUUUUCCCUGACACCCAUGUCUGAGAGUAGGAGUGUUCACCUGGCUAUCCGAAAAAAUUCAAAUUAAAACAAUGGUGCCAUCUGGUUUGCUUAUUAUAAGGAAUUUGAAAUGAUUCAUACUUUUACUUUUACUACUUAAGUAUAUUUUAGCAAUUACAUUUACUUUCGAGACUUCAGUAUAUUUAAAACCAAAUACUUUUAGACUUUUACUCAAGUACUAUUUUACUGGGUGACUUUCACUUUUACUUGAAUCAUUUUCUAUUAAGGUAUCUUUACUUUUACUCAAGUAUGACAAUUGGGUACUUUUCCACCACUGGAUCAGCGUGUGUGUGUAUCUGCAGACUCUCACCCAUGGUCCAUGCACCUUAUAAAGAACACUGACUGACUAUUCAUGUAAGUGCCAGUCGUAGGUUAGAUAUUAGGAUGAAUCCAUUCCAAAUUGGAGUUUAAUUUUGUACGGAAAUCCUCGUUAGCCUCCUAAGUCGGCUUUUUUUCAGCACCAAGCUGCACUGGGUUAGUAUUGACAAGCUCCCGAAGCUAAGGAGUAUGAGCAUUGAUAGCUAAGGGUUGGCAUACAGGUGGAAGGAAGCCAGUGUUCACAGCAAAGAAUGUCUGCAUCCCACUAUCUAGGGCAGGGGUAGGCAACCCUGUUCCUGGAGUGCCGUAGGUACUGCAGGAUUUUGUUCCAACUAGGCACCACACCUGACCAACUGAGCUAAUUAAUCAGUUUAGUGACUGCGUAAAUUCAACAAACCUGGUCUUCCAGGUUGGUUAAAUCAAAAAUGUGAAGUGCCUGCGGCAUUCCAGGACCAGGGUUGCCUACCCCGAUCUAGGGAAUAGGGUGCCAUUUGGGACAUAGUCACUGUUUCCGCCAACCCUGCUCUUCUUACAUUUCCUCACUACAUUUCCACACUACAUUUCCACACUGGGCUGGGUGCUGAAGUGUUAUUGGCUUUGUGUUUGAGUUCAUAAAAGGAGCGUUUGGUACACAAAUGUGCACGGUUGCAAAUACACACACACACGCAGAAGCUGACAAACACACACUUAGUAUGAUUAGCAUGCUGAACGUUUCUGAUCCGUGAUAGAUGAGCAAACAGAGGUGCACCGCCAAUUAUUUACCCAGCCAGAGAUCAAUUAACCAAAUAUACAGACGGAGAUUCAGUGAAACAAAAUCCCAUUGAUUGAUUAUCCGACAAGUCACAGGCUUUUGGUCGGGGAGUAGGCCUAGGCUACUAUGCGAGUGAAGAGCAAAAUAAUCGACUACUACGCUACAUAACAUGCUAGCAAAAUGUUCUGAUCAGUCCUGCUAAUAGAUGAACAAACUCGACUAAUGAUGAUGAAUACUCACCUCAACUUAGCUAGCUAGCAUUUUCCCAGUCUAAUUGUAACCAAAUAUCUAAAUGGAGAUUCAGUGAAAACAAAAAUCUGACAUUGAUUUAUCAAGACAAGUCCCCAUGCUUGUCUCAAAGCAGCGCGAUGGCGCUGUCGCAAUCAAAACGGUGCUGAAAUUAUCAUCUCGUUGACCACACUAUUAUUGGAUAUUAUUGCUUAGCAUGUACGGUUGGAUAACUUUGGGACUUUCAGUAAGCAACCAUUUAGAAUAUGUCUUGAAUUGCAUUAGCCUAUUAUUGCAAUAUUUUUUUAAUUCAGUGAUAUUUAUUCCCGCAAUAAUUCUUUAUGGAUCCAUCCAGUUAAUUCUUUAUGGAUCCAUCCAGUUGUGGUUAAGAAAAUGUGCAUGCGUAGUGAUUGACCGUGGUCUUUGCGACGUGAUGGUCGAAGUGACAUGCCUCGCAAACUGCCACGAGGAUGGUAACAGCCUAGUAACUGGCGCUGCCUAGCAACCAUCAUUAUGAAGCAUCAAAUCUCAAGAAUGAGCAUUGCUUACGCCGGACAUAGCUACAACUAGUCUUAUUAUUUUGUUGGUGCAACAGGUUUCAAAUCUGAUCCCAAAGUCGGAUGUAGCUACGCUCAGCAUGGCAUUUAAGACCAACUUUUUCUCUCGCUCUCUCUCCCUCUCUUACUCUCACUCACUCUUCUCUCUCGAUUGGUUGACUGCCUGACAUAUAGUACUGUGAAAUGAACGCUCUCCCCUCUGUGUGAUGCACUCUUACUUAUACCCCCUGCCCUCAGAACAGCCUCAAUUUGUCAGGGCAUUUACUCUACAAGGUGUCGAAAGCGUUCCACAGGGAUGCUGGCCCAUGUUGACGCCAAUGCUUCCCACAGUUGUGUCAAGUUGGCUGGAUGUCCUUUGGGUGGUGGACCAUUCUUGGUACACACAGGAAACUGUUGAGCGUGAAAAACCCAGCAGCGUUGCAGUUCUUGAUACAAACCGGUGCGCUUGGCACCUACCAUACCCCCUUCAAAGGCACUUAAAUCUUUUGUCUUGCCCAUUCACCCUAUGAAUGGCACACAUACACAAUCCAUGUCUCAAUUGUCUCAAGGCUUAAAAAUCCUUCUUUAACCUGUCUCCUCCCCUUCAUCUACACUGAUUCAAGUGACUUCAAUAAGGGAUCAUAGCUUUCACCUGGUCAGCCUAUGUCAUGUUCUUAAUGUUUUCUAUACUCAGUGUAUAGUAUGUGAAAUGAACUCUUUCCUCUCCUCUCUCCUGUCCUCCCAUCUCUAGGAGCAGCUCCCAGAGCUGUGGUCCCACUUCCAGGAGCUGAACCUGGAGGCCCACAUGUACGCAUCUCAGUGGUUCCUCACACUCUUCACUGCCAAGUUCCCCCUCUGCAUGGUCUUCCACAUCACUGACCUGCUACUGUGUGAGGUAAGAAGUUUGACAACAUUGAAUAUCAUUUUAGCACUACUCCUAACCCCAACACUUACCCAAUACUGGUCCUACUCCUAGUCCUAACCUCAACACUGGCUCUUACCUUAACCCUACUGUUAACCCCAACACUGGGCCUCACCCUAACCCUACUCCUAACCCAACCUGCUGUUGGUAAGCACUAAUCUUAACCUUACUCUCACCCUUCCAUCUACCACCCUAGGCUUUGAACAACUCUACACGACUCUUCACUAUUCACACACCUUUUUGUACCUCCUUAAAGCUAAUGUCUACCUUGGAACAAUAAUGACAAUGAGAAGUGAGAAAACCAUUCUAGCACGAUAAACCCAUCAAAUCCCCAAAGGCCCUUCAAGAUAGUAGUAUACCCUCUGCCUAUUUCUCUUCUCAGCCCUCCUUUAGACCUGGUACCACAGGAGAGAAGGGAAACUUGGGCCUUUGUCUCUUUCUCUGUGAUUUUCUCACUUCCUCUCCUCCUCCCUUUUUCUUCACCCUCUCUCCUUACCUCUCUCUCUCUGUGAUUCUCUCUAUUCUUCCUCUCCUCCUCUCUCCUUUCAUCCCCCUCUCCCACCCUCUCUCGUCCCCCGGGCAGAACAAUUAAUAGUUUCCUUGGCGUUUCUCAGCCAUUGAGCCGUGUGAUGAGAAUCUGCUUCUCUCUCCUCUGCCUCCUUCUAAUAUAUCUCUCUUUCUCUACUUCUCUCCUUCUCCAUACCUCUCUCUCUUUCUUAUUGUUCUGGGCUUUACCCAUGCCUCAAUCUGAUUUCUAUGUUGUCAUUGUCACUCCUCUCUCUCUCUCUCUCUCUCUCUCUCUCUCUCUCUCUCUCUCUCUCUCUCUCUCUCUCUCUCUCUCUCUCUCUCUCUCUCUCUCUUCUCCUUUGAUUGUGUGCUCCUGUGUUGUCUUCCCUUUCAUUUCUCCACACCUCUCUCUCUCUCGCUCUCUGUGUAUCCGUGUAUGUGUGUGGUGCGAGGUGUGUGUGUUUGUGUGUGUGCCGCAAGGUGUGUCUGUGUGGUGCGAGGUGUGUGUGCAAGUGCGCCUGACUGUGUGUUUCUCCUCAACAAUAAAACCUCCUCUCACACUUGCUGACUCUGUUUGGCUCCAGCUUAGUAUGGCACGCUGCAUGUGAAAGUUUGUCGGUAGACUGUGUUCAAACACACACUCACUCACUCCACACACACAAUCACCCACUCACUCACGUACUCACUCCACACACACACACACACUCACUCAGUCUACACACACACACCACCCUCCCUCUCUCUCGCUCUCUGACUCCCCGACACCCCAGCGCCAUCUAGAGCCUUUUGAGAAAGAAAGUGAGAGAUGGAGGGAGGAAGGGGAGGGGAAGAGGGGGAGAAAGAGAGGCCCUUUCCUCAGUUAUUUAUAGAGAUGGGGAGAUAUUUUUAGCACAGUGUUGCCAUGUGAACGGGGUGUCGGAGCGAUGGAGACAGGUGUUCCCAUGCGGAGUUGACUUCAGCAUCCACGCUCUCUCCUUCCCUCUCUCUCUCUCACUCGCUCCCUCUCUCAUCCUCUCUCACCCUCUCUCGCUCUGUUUCGCUUGCUCUCCCUCACGCCUCUCUUUCGCUAGCUCUCCCUCUGUUUUUCUCUCUCUUUGUCGCUCUCUCUCUUUGUCGCCCUCUCUCUUUGUCGCUCUCUCUCUUUGUCACUCUCUCUUGCUUUCUCCUUUUGGUGUUCUCCCUCUAUCUGUUAGUCUAUGACCCUUGUCCCUUACUCCUUCUUACAAUUUCUCUCUCUCCCCUCUCGCUCUAUCUCUGUGUGUGUAUGUGUGUGUGUGUGUCAUUCAUUCAUUCGUCACUCUGUGGCCAUGAUGCAGCCCCACCUGUCUGUGAGAGGGACUGUCUGUUUCACUUCAAGAUGAUUAUGUCACUCGGUACUGGCAGUCGGGGUGCCUUUGCAUCCUCAGAGGUGGGCGUUCCAUUAACAUAAGUGAAAUGUUACCGUAACGUUUCCUAAGGAGUCCUCUUUAUCCCCAAAGGACAGUUUAUUUUCCAGCGCGUAUGCAUACAGAUGAUGUCAUGAAUGAACGUACAACAUUAGAUGGGUUGAUAGCAACACAUGCAUUCCACCGGUACAACAAGUAUCAUUACGUAAUUUUUUAAAAGUGGGUUUCUUCUUAGCCCUAACACGAAAGCUGCACAGCACUUUCAUAAGUAUUUAUUAGAAGGAGUCUUUCAUUUUGAAGAUCAUUUUAACCUUAUUAAGCCUAUAGCAAGAAAACAUUAACAUUUACUACAUGGUUUAUUGGCAUGACUUUUAAAUGGUAAAGCCGUUGAUAUGAAGACAGUUGGUGAGAACAAUUGAUCCAUGCCUUAUCUAACACCACUGUAUGACAGAUGUGUUUAGGUGAUGGUCUGAGCUGUGUGUGUGUGUGUGUGUGUGUGAAGACUAUGUCCAGUGACAAUUGACAAUAUAAUAAUCUUCUCUUCCUUAGGGUCUGAACAUCAUCUUCAACGUGGCCCUGGCCCUCCUCAAGGUAUGA